AUGGCCACAUUGGACUUGAUCGAUCACUCGCCUCAGCACCCUGCGCCUGCUGAUCCCAUCACGACCGCCGGCAAUGUCGUCUUGAUUGACAACUACGACUCUUUUACCUGGAAUGUCUACCAGUAUCUGGUCUUGGAAGGGGCGACCGUAACAGUUGUCAGGAACGAUCAGAUUACUCUGGAAGAACUUAUCAAGUCUGACCCGACCCAACUGGUGAUCAGUCCUGGUCCAGGGCACCCAGAAACGGACUCUGGAGUCAGCAAAGAUGCCAUCAAGCACUUCGCCGGCAAAAUACCUGUGCUCGGUGUCUGCAUGGGCGAGCAAUGCAUCUACUCUGUUUUCGGCGGCGUAGUGGAGCAGACAGGAGAAAUCCUGCAUGGAAAGACUUCUCCAUUGACGCACGAUGGCAAGGGCGUGUAUGCCGGACUUCCACAAGAUCUGCCUGUCACAAGAUAUCAUUCUCUUGCCGGCACACAUCCUACCCUCCCAGAAUGUCUCGAGGUAUCAUCCUGGAUCGCAUCCGGUCCCGAUAGCGGCAAAGGUGUUAUCAUGGGAGUGCGUCACAAGGAACUGCUGGUGGAGGGUGUUCAAUUCCAUCCGGAAAGUAUCCUUACCGCUGAGGGCCGGACUAUGCUCAAGAACUUUCUGCGUAUGCAAGGCGGCACCUGGGCUGAAAAUGCCAAGCUGAAGACUGAAUCGCAGCGAGUUGUCACAAAUGGCACCAAGACCGUCUCGAACGGCACUGCUUCCAAUGAAGACAAGAAAACGUCGAUCUUGGAGCGUAUCUACAAUUACCGCCGUGUUGCCGUCGCCGCUCAGAAACAGAUCCCUUCACAACGCCCAGAAGACCUACAAGCCGCCUAUGCUCUUCAGCUUGCACCGUCUCUGAUAUCUUUUACAGACCGCCUGCGUCAAUCUCCUUUCAAGCUCUCUCUCAUGGCAGAAAUCAAGCGUGCUUCCCCUUCCAAAGGCAUCAUUCAGAUCUCAGCUUGCGCGCCAUUGCAAGCCAAGACUUAUGCACUGGCAGGCGCAAGCACUAUCUCGGUGCUCACAGAACCAGAGUGGUUCAAAGGCAGCAUUGACGACUUACGAAGCGUACGCCAAGCCCUAGAGGGCAUGCCAAACAGGCCUGCUAUUCUAAGAAAAGAGUUCAUCUUCGAGGAAUAUCAGAUCCUUGAGGCUCGGCUUGCCGGUGCGGACACAGUCUUGCUCAUUGUCAAGAUGCUUGAUGAAGAGACUUUGACAAGACUGUACAAAUACUCCCAGUCUCUAGGCAUGGAGCCUGUCGUUGAAGUCAACACAGUCGCGGAGACAGAGAUGGCGGUCAAGCUUGGCUCAAAGGUCAUCGGCGUCAACAAUCGCAAUCUCACCAGCUUCGAAGUCGAUAUGGGCACCACUACUCGUCUCAUGAGUAUCGUGCCAAAGGAGACCAUUCUCUGCGCGCUGAGUGGUAUAGCGGGACCAAAGGAUGUCCUCCCAUAUCAGCAAGCAGGUGUCGGAGCAGUGCUUGUUGGUGAAGCAUUGAUGCGUGCGCACGAUACUGCCAAAUUCAUCUCGGAGCUUCUCGGUGGCAAUGGCAAUGGGGCAGCGAUAAAAGCCAAAGCUCAAAAAAAGCUGCUGGUGAAGAUUUGUGGUACGAGAAGCGCGCAGGCUGCCAAGACUGCGAUCGAAGCAGGAGCAGACCUAAUUGGAAUGAUUAUCGUCAAAGGCCGGAAACGAUGUGUGUCAACCGAGACCGCUCUCGAAAUAUCUGCGACCGUUCACAGCACACCAAAAACAGCGACACAAGUCACGGAUGAUACGCCGGAGGCAGACGAAAAAGCGACAAGUUUCUUCGCGCACACAGCACGACAUCACAUUCAGCAUCCUCGCCGCGCACUGCUGGUCGGCGUCUUCCUUGACCAACCUUUAGAGUACGUCCUCGAGCAGCACAAACUCCUCAAUUUCGACAUCGUUCAGCUUCAUGGCAUAGAACCCUUGGAAUGGGCACACCUCAUACCAGUGCCUGUAAUUCAUAAGUUUACGCCCACAGACUCUGGCAUUGCAACAACAGGCUAUCAUGCAAUGUCACUGCUCGAUCCUGGGUCAGGUAGUGGUCAGCGGCUUGAUCUGGGAAGUGUCAAGAACUUGCUCGAAAAUAACGAAGGCCUUCGUGUCAUUCUCGCCGGCGGGCUUAAUGCGGAAAAUGUGGUUGAUGCUGUAUCCUCGCUCGGCUCUGCAAAAUCAGGGAUAGUGGCGGUAGACACGAGCAGUGGUGUGGAGACCGAUGGAGAGCAAGAUAUUGCCAAGAUACAGGCGUUUAUCAAAGCAGCGAAAAGUUUAGAGCUUUAG